GUGGAGUUAUCCCUGCAUUGACGUUGGUUGGCCAUAAAUACAAAUCGUCUUUUUACCUUGUGUUCUGCAAUAGGCCUUUGUACGUACAAGGCUCAUGUGAUACAUGGGAUAAUCACAUUUCUGAAUUGUGACAAAAUAACUGUAGGCCUAUGGCAAUUAUCAUAUUGGGAUGUCAAAUCAUUUCAACGAAGAUUCAGAGGAGGACGAGGAGGAGGGAGAUGGAGGAAGAGGGAAAUAUGUUUCUAUUGUGACCAUUUUUUUCUCUGGUUUCAUACCAGGUAGGCUACGUUUUCUAAGUUAUUACAUUUACAUUUACAUUUACGUCAUUUAGCAGACGCUCUUAUCCAGAGCGACUUACAAAUUGGUGCAUUCACCUUAUAGCCAGUGGGAUAACCACUUUACAAUGUUUUCAUUUAGCAUUUCCAAAUACUCAAUUGUCUAUUGCCAAAAAAUAUACCCUAUAAAAACAUAAAUAUGAGUUUUCUGAAUUUGGGGGCGCUUUGUACUGUAUCAGGGCGGCUGUUGAGAUUUAUAUUUACACUAGAUGGCGCUCUAAGUAUUUUGGAUAUAGUUUUACUUUAAGUGGUUUGACAAAAUCGUCAUCAUAUUGCGACACCAUCUGCAGCUAUCGUGGGAAUGUAGUUUUUAACAGUCACAACUCCAAAUAGGUGUUAUUUACAUAGUCAAAUAUUGUCUUACGAACAAUGCAUUGGAAGUGUCAUUUGGUUCAGUCGAUAUCUAGCUCACCGGUUAUUUCAUACGUCUGAUAUUAUGGACAUAUUUGGGCGUUUUGUUGUGAAUCUGCUCUUCCGUGGUGCUAGCCAGUCAGGUAGCUAGCUAGUUAGCUAAAUUACUCAACCAGUGUCACUUCAGGGAAAUGUGUUUCUUGUGACACAACGGAAACAUAAUUUCACAGUGGUUCACAAACAAGAGUUGGUCCUUUAUUGUCGUGUUAAUCGAAGGCCCGUCUUAUACAGGAUUCCUCCGGAAUUUGGCCUGCUUUCGAAGAGUCGCGAUGCUGAACGUCCCAUCCCAGUCGUUCCCUGCAGCCAGCUCUCAGCAGCGUGUUGCUCCAGCCGGUCAGUCCGGCAGGAACAAGGUACUGUACCGGUAGUUGACGACAUGAUUGUUGUGUGUGAGAGUCAUGCCUAUAUAUCAUUGUUACAUAAUGUUGAUGUUGAUGACCCAUCAGGGAGUUAGACUAUUGUGGUCGUACUAUAUGAAUGUUCUGUGGCCCAAUUUUAUAUUGAGUUAGAAGACCCUGUCAGCCUAGUCAACCCUAAAUUGAUUGUCAUCAUGCCACACCCUUUGAAAGCAGAAAAUGACCUGUCUCUUGCCAACACUUUACUCUUUACUGUACUGUAAGUGUAAGGCUGUGUUAUCAUAAUGCCACAUGUGCUGACUGUGAGGGCUGCUCUUCCAUUUGUUUCAGGUAGCAUUGAAGCCUGGCCACAGUCUGAUGGACUGGAUCCGUGUGGCUAAGAGUGGCCGGGAUCUGACAGGGCUGAGAGGCAGACUCAUAGACGUCACAGAGGAGGAGCUGCAGAAACACAACACACGGGACGACUGCUGGACCUGCAUACGAGGUGACACAAGCUAGCCUUGUACUGUUUACACACACACACACACACACACACAAUACUGGUCCUGGCGUUUCGCAGGUUUUUGUUUAAGCUCAGUACUAACACACCAGAUUCAACUAAUCAAGGGCUCAAUGCCUCUCCAGGGCUAGAGUUGGCGAAACUGGGCUAUUACUUAAAUUGUUCAGGAAAGUAAAUGUGAAUACUACACACACACACACACACAUACACAGUAGCUGCAUACUAUCUGUACACAAUUCUCUCCUCUUUCCACCUUCUGUAGGCCUAAUUGAGUGAUUCCUCACGAAACCCAGACAAACGAAAUUCCAUGAUUUUGGGAUUUUCACAAAAUGUAAUCCAUAGAAUAGUCCUUUCAAGGAAGGAUUGUGUUUUACAUUUGUAUCUAAAAGCAUAAUUGAGAAAUAGUGGCAAAUUUGUUACAUUUUUCCUUACCCAGGCUUCCUUUAAGACCCAAUAAUGUUUAACCUGUAGAUGCUAUAAUACAAAGGUAAAAAUGUUUCAUAUGAAGCUUUACCACUUGCUCUGUAAUAUGAGUAGUAUUUUGAUUUCACAAAAACAUUUCUUACAUUAAUUUAUGAAUAUUGAAACAUACCACAUGAAUAUAGAAAAUAUGUUUAAAAAUGCAAUAUAUUAUUGAACAUGAUAUACUCUACCGACAAAUCAAAUUCCAGACUGGGAUCUCUGCUAGUUUUAAAGUUAUUGCCCUUUUUUUAACACAUAUAUUUGCAUAGUUCAGCAAUGUAACCAAUCACAGCUCUCCUUCUACUUAUAUUGUUACACAUCCUGCAAAUCACCAGCAGAGGGUGACCAUUUUGAAUCCAUUUUCACAUUCACUCUGUUGUUAAUGCAUACGAAUUGGAUCAUAACUCUUAAAGUAGCAGAGAUCCCACUCUGGAACUUUGCUAAGCCUGUAGAGUAUAUUAUCUUCAACCAUAUAUUAAAACAUUUGCCAAUUUCGAUAUCAUUUUUAUAUAUUUUUCAAUAUUCAUAAAUUAAUGUAAAGAAAAAGUUAUUGAAAUAAAAAUACUACUCAUUUUACAGAGAAAGCAGUAUAGCUUCAUAUGACACCAAUGUUUGCUUUGUAGCACCUACAGAUGAAACACUAUGGAGUCUUAAAGGAGGCCUAAGUUAGGCCAAAAUGUAAUAAUAUGCCAACUUUGAUAAAUCAAUUCUCAAUUAUGCUUUUAAAUACAAAUGUCAAGAAUACUUCCUCCAAAGGACUAUUACAGUGGGGGAAAAAAGUAUUUAGUCAGCCACCCAUUGUGCAAGUUCUCCCAUUUAAAAAGAUGAGAGAGGCCUGUAAUUUUCAUCAUAUGUACACAUCAACUAUGACAGACAAAUUGAGAAAAUAAAAUCCAGAAAAUCACAUUGUAGGAUUUUUAAUGAAUUUAUUUGCAAAUUAUGGUGGAAAAUAAGUAUUUGGUCACCUACAAACAAGCAAGAUUUCUGGCUCUCACAGACCUGUAACUCCUUCUUUAAGAGGCUCCUCUGUCCUCCACUCGUUACCUGUAUUAAUGGCACCUGUUUGAACUUGUUAUCAGUAUAAAAGACACCUGUCCACAACCUCAAACAGUCACACUCCAAACUCCACUAUGGCCAAGACCAAAGAGCUGUCAAAGGACACCAGAAACAAAAUUGUAGACCUGCACCAGGCUGGGAAGACUGAAUCUGCAAUAGGUAAGCAGCUUGGUUUGAAGAAAUUAACUGUGGGUGCAAUUAUUAGGAAAUGGAAGACAUACAAGACCACUGAUAAUCUCCCUCGAUCUGGGGCUCCACACAAGAUCUCACCCCGUGGGGUCAAAUUGAUCACAAGAACGGUGAGCAAAAAUCCCAGAACCACACGGGGGGACCUAGUGAAUGACCUGCAGAGAGCUGGGACCAAAGUAACAAAGCCUACCAUCAGUAACACACUACGCCGCCAGGCACUCAAAUCCUGCAGUGCGAGACGUGUCCCCCUGCUUAAGCCAGUACAUGUCCAGGCCCGUCUGAAGUUUGCUAGAGUGCAUUUGGAUGAUCCAGAAGAGGAUUGGGAGAAUGUCAUAUGGUCAGAUGAAACCAAAAUAUAACUUUUUGGUAAAAACUCAACUCGUCGUGUUUGGAGGACAAAGAAUGCUGAGUUGCAUCCAAAGAACACCAUACCUACUGUGAAGCAUGGGGGUGGAAACAUCAUGCUUUGGGUCUGUUUUUCUGCAAAGGGACCAGAACGACUGAUCCGUGUAAAGGAAAGAAUGAAUGGGGCCAUGUAUCGUGAGAUUUUGAGUGAAAACCUCCUUCCAUCAGCAAGGGCAUUGAAGAUGAAACGUGGCUGGGUCUUUCAGCAUGACAAUGAUCCCAAACACACCGCCCGGGCAACGAAGGAGUGGCUUCGUAAGAAGCAUUUCAAGGUCCUGGAGUGGCCUAGCCAGUCUCCAGAUCUCAACCCCAUAGAAAAUCUUUGGAGGGAGUUGAAAGUCUGUGUUGCCCAGCGACAGCCCCAAAACAUCACUGCUCUAGAGGAGAUCUGCAUGGAGGCAUGGGCCAAAAUACCAGCAACAGUGUGUGAAAACCUUGUGAAGACUUACAGAAAACGUUUGACCUGUGUCAUUGCCAACAAAGGGUAUAUAACAAAGUAUUGAGAAACUUUUGUUAUUGACCAAAUACUUAUUUUCCACCAUAAUUUGCAAAUAAAUUCAUAAAAAAUCCUACAAUGUGAUUUUCUGGAAUUUCUUUUCUCAUUUUGUCUGUCAUAGUUGACGUGUACCUAUGAUGAAAAUUACAGGCCUCUCUCAUCUUUUUAAGUGGGAGAACUUGCACAAUGGGUGGCUGAAUAAAUACUUUUUUCCCCCACUGUAUAUGGAUUACAAAAUGUUAUUUUAUUGUCUGGGUUUCGUGAGGAAUCACUUUCGUGAGGAAUCUAGCACAUUUCAUCCUAUCAUUUCCCCAUGUGCGUCAUUGAGAUGAAAUGCACUCAUUGGUAGUCAUGGAGUGGGUUCGUUUGUCUAAGGACAUUGAGCAAUAAAGCUUAAUUGAAUUUGCUGUGACUAGGUCUCUGUGCACUUCUUCUGAUUCACAGCGGAACAGGGGCGCCCUCCCUCCCUCGCUCCUUCCCUCCCUCUGUGUACCUCUCUUUCUUUCUUCCCUCCCUAUACCUCUCUCUCACACAAACUCAUCACAGAUGCAUGGCACACAGCAGGAACCUUUUAUGACUUAUUUGACAAUCAGUCCUUAAAACAACAACAUAACAACACCCAACAGCAGCAUUAGGUUGUAGAGAAGAAAUAUGGAGUUACACAACCGUACGCUGAUGCCAUUAUCGUCAUGUAUCAUUAUUAUUCGUUUUUAUAUUUGUUGAUCGCACUCAUCAGCACUCCCAUAGGGAUGUGUUAUGAAGGCAUUACCUAACCAAUUUAAUAUCAGUAGGCUUUAAGACAGUUAUUGGCGAUUGUAUACACAAAUGAAGGUUCCCUGUGGUAGACAUACCUUCUCCUCUCAUACACAGUUUCCAUUGGGACUGUGUCUGUUUUCAGGGUCAGUGACUCACUGGGCUACAGCGUGGCCAUGUGCUUGUGUUUGGAGGAUAAUGUUGUGUUUGUUGGGAUAAUAUUUUUGAAUAGUGUAUGUGUCUUUAUGUUGUGAGAAGGCUUUCUAUAGAAAGCAUUGGAGGCUGGGUCAACUCCCCCUCAAUACCAUACAUUACAAUGUAUAUAAUUCAAUCAUUGUUCAAGCAUAGUUCAAUCAUAGUUUAAUCAUUCAUAACCAUUUAUUUGAAUGUAUUGGCUGAAUUCACUGUUAUGUUUGUCGGUGUGAAUGGGCCCACAUACCUGUAGACUGACUGUACACUGAGUAUACAAAACAUUAAGAACACCUGCUCUUUCCAUGAUAUAGCUUUCACCUGGUCAGUCUAUGAUCCCUUAUUGAUGUCACUUGUUAAAUCCACUUCAAUCAGUGUAGAUGAAGGGGAGGAGACCGGUUAAAGAAGGAUUUUUAAGCCUUGAGAAAGUUGAGACAUGGAUUGUGUAUGUGUGCCAUUCAGAGCGUGAAUGGGAAAGACAAAAUAUUUAAGUGCCUUUGAACGGGGUAUGGUAGUAGGUGCCAGGCGCACCGGUUUGUGCCAAGAACUGCAACGCUCCUGGAUUUUUCACGCUCAACAGUUUCUGUGUGUAUCAAGAAUUGUCCACCACCCAAAGGAUAUCCAUCCAACUUGACACAACUGUGGGAAGCAUUGUAGUCAACAUGGGCCCAGCAUCCCUGUGGAACGUUUUCGACAUGUUGUAGAGUUCAUGCCCUGACAAAUUGAGGCUGUUCUGGGGGUAAAAUGUUACAACUCAAUAUUAGGAAGGUGUUCCUAAUGUUUGGUAUACUCAGUAAUUUGUCACACCUCUUUCAGUACAUCUUAUACUUCAGUUAGGCUAUUGGGUGAUGACUUUUGGGAGCCACCAUCCCUCCAAUGCUGGUCAUUUCCUACACGAGUUAGCCCUAAUAUACAGAUCUUUAAAACAUUUUCUAUUGUGAAUUGCUUAUAUGUUUUUGUUCUUUCUUUUGUUGCAUUUUGUGAAUAAAUACUAUUAUUUCCUCUGUGUCUCAGGCAUGGUUUAUAAUGUGAGCCCCUACAUGGAGUACCACCCUGGAGGAGAAGAGGAACUUAUGAAGGCAGCUGGGAUAGACGGAACAGACCUUUUUGACCAGGUCAGCUCUCAUUGGACUUUCCCGAGUUAAAGGACAACCGUGCAAGUUCACAUGUUAAAACACACAAGUUCAAAACAUUAAAGCACAUGAUGUGUGUGAUGAUGCCGUGCUUGUCUAAGCUCUCUUGCUCACAUUCUCCCUGUCUGCCCUUGUCCGCCCUUGUCCCUGUAUCUGUGGCCAUAUGAGCAGGUCCACAGGUGGGUAAACUAUGAGUCCAUGCUAAAGGAGUGUCUGGUAGGGAGGAUGGCUGUGAAGGCCAGCACUGCUCUCAAAGGUACAGUAACACACAAUCCCUCAGGACUUUAAUGUACCAUAUUUUCUCUUUCAUGCAGGAUGUUUUUUGAGACUUUCUAAUUUGUCUCCACAGCUCAAUCGGUAAAAAAGGACAGCAUCACUCAUUUGAAUGGUAAUGUACAAACGAAUAAUAAGAAUAGUGAACAAAACACGUGAUUGUUCUGUAUUGUCUUGUAUUUGUGUGUGGGUGUUCUAUAUCACGUGUGGCUGAAAUCAGAGUCCUUAAUCUUGUCUCCCUCUCCUCAGGUCUAGCCCCUCCUCCUCCCCCCACCUCCAUGCUCCCUCCUGCUUUCCUCACCCCUCCCUCACCCUCCUCAGCCGCCCCGCCACCACCCCAACCCAAAGACGCCCGGCCCAGGUACGCUCACAAAACAACAAGAGGAACUGUUAUGAUAUUGAGAAUGGUGACACAGACUGGAUGAUGUGAAGUAUGAUAGAUGGAUAUGAGCAGGUAAUGAACAUACUGUAUCUGUAUAUUGUUUUUUUUAGGUAUGACUGGUUUCAAACUGAUGUCACGGUCAAUAUUGUGGUUUACACCAAACGGAAGGUAAACAGCCCCACUUUGCAAUUUUUAAAUGGCAAUUUUUAAAAUGAGGUUUGAGUGAAAUAUGAGCCAGAACGGGCAGUAGUUGUUCUUUAACCUCACCUCUCUCCCCCCCUCUUUUCUCUCUUCUCUUUCCCCCGUCUCCCUUAUUUUCUCUCCUCAUUUAUCCUCUCUCAGCUCCCCAGCUCUGGCUGUACCAUAGUUGACCUGCAAGAUGGUGUUCUACGGGUGGAAGUUCUUCUGGGGAAAAUGUCCUACAUGCUGUGUCAACGUAAGUCGCAGCUUCCUUUGAUACAACAUUGUGACUGUUUUCUGACAUGA